CGGCCCCGGCCGCUCUGUCCGCCGCUUCCGGCAGCGCCUUGCUGCCCCGGGAGCGGCUCUCGGGGCGCUCGCAGUCUCCAUGGGGACUGGAGAUGGCGUCGCGAGGUGAGCUUCCGGAGGUAAACGGUUGUCCUCCACCCCACUGGAGAUCCUGUUCUUUCUGAACGGGUGGUAUUAUGCCACUUACUUCCUGCUGGAACUCUUCAUAUUCCUCUAUAAAGGGCUCCUGCUGCCGUACCCGACAGCCAAUCUCAUCCUGGAUGUGGUGAUGCUCUUCCUCUACCUUGGAGUUGAAAUAAUCCGUCUGUUUUUCGGUACAAAAGGAAACCUCUGCCAGCGAAAGAUGCCCCUUGGUAUUAGUGUGGCCUUGACCUUGCCGUCUGCCAUGAUGGCCUCCUACUACCUGCUGCUGCAGACUUACGUGCUCCGCCUGGAAGCCAUCAUGAACAGUAUCUUGCUCUUCUUCUGUGGCUCCGAGCUGCUGCUUGAGGUGCUGACCCUGGCCGCGUUUUCCAGUAUGGACAGGAUUUGAAGUAGACAGAUGUCAGCCAGCAGCCCGUUGGGGCUGCAAGCGUGUACUGCAGUGCUGUAGCCACACCAGUGAGAACUGACUGUCCUGGGGAAGAUCGCACAGAUUUCCCUUGGCACACGUGAUCUGGGCAG